AUGGCGCAGAACGGACAGGAAAGCACCGUUACUUACGAGGAGCUUUUGGACCUCGAACGCGAGUUUGAAGAUGCCGAUGCCGAAAUCAUCCGCCACCAAAUCAAGACCACGGCGCCCCUCUUCGAGAAGCGGGCGGCCCUCGUCGCCAAGAUUCCCAACUUCUGGCCCCUCGUCAUCGAGCAGGCCCCGCCCGGCGUCGACGAGCACAUCCAGCCCUCGGACGCGGGGCUCCUCCUCAUGGCGCUGACGGACCUCGAGGUCACGCACUUUGAGCUCGACGACCCCGAGGGCGACCCGCGGUCCAUCUCCAUCAAGUGGACGUUUGGCGACAACGACUACUUCGAGGACAAGGUGCUCGAGAAGAAAUUCUGGUACCGCCGCGCCGACAAGGGCGACUGGGCGGGCCUGGUGAGCGAGCCCGUCGACAUCAAGUGGAAGGCGGGCCAGGACCUCACCCAGGGUCUGCUGGCCCAGGCCGCCAAGGUGUUCCGCGAGGAGCAGCGCCUCGCCCGGGAGGGUAAAAGUGACGGGCUGGACCGCGGACCGCAAGGCGCUCAAGGAAAGUUUGAGAGCAUCGGCCUCGGCGGCAUCAGCUUCUUUGCCUGGUUCGGCUACGUCGGUCGUCGCGUCACGGCCGAGGAGAGCAAGCAGGCCCUCAAGGACGAGCAGGAGAUUAAGAAGCUUCGCCAGGAGGGCAAGGAGCCUCCCGAGGAAGAGCCCGAGGAGGGCGAGGACGAGGACGACGAGAUGGCUAUUGAGGAGGAUUUGGAGAUUUUCCCCGAGGGUGAUGAUCUCGCCGUGUCCAUCUCGGAGGAGCUGUGGCCCGAUGCCAUCAAGUACUUUACCAAUGCUCAGGAAGAGGAUGGCCUCAGCGAUAUCAACUUUGAGUCGGAUGACGAAGACGAUGAGGAUGACGAAGAAGCUGCGGGAUCACCACCCCCAACAAGAAGAGGAAGAAGGCGUGAACAAAUUGAUCGACUUCGUUGUACAUGGUGA